AUGUGAGCAAAUCGCGCCCGUUUCCGGCCCGGUUAGCUCACUCUGCGGCGUUCCCCAUGCCGCAGCAGAAGAGCAGACUGCAGGGAUCCCAGGGGGGAAUAACGUGCAGUGGUUGUGGUGAUGCUGUUGCUGCUGCUGAUGAUACUGGCAGCAGUAGUGGUGUUGAUGGUACUGCUGCUGGUGGUGGUGCUCUCAGUACUGGCAGAAUCAGUAACGGAAGCAGUGGGAGAAUCAGCACAGGCAGCACCAGCAGCGCUACCAGCACUGUCAGCACUGUCAGCACCAUCAGUAUUAUCAGCAACCGCAGCAGCCUUAGCACCAACAGCAACGGCACCACCAGCAGUAGCCGCAGCAGCAGCAGCUACGAGCCGAGCCUCAACCACUCAGCCUUCUCCAUGCCCUUUCCUUCCAAUCCGCUCGCUUACUCUCCCUCGCCUCCCCCCCCUACCACCAACCACUCCUUGCCCGCCAUUCUCCAUCCCCACCCCCCCUUCUCCCAGUUACCAGACCCCCGCCUCGUCCCCCCUGCUCCCCCGGCCUCUGCCACUCUUCCUUCGGUUUCCCCUGCCGCUGCCACUGGCAUUGCUCCUUCAAACCGCAUUGCGCCUCCCUCCACCGCUGCCAUGCUCCCGUCAAUGCCGCCCCUUCCUCCUCCCUCCGCCCCUCUGCCUGUGCACCGCGCAACGGCGGGCUCUGACUACGAAGCAUGGGUGGGUGACAGCGGCGCGUGGGCGACCACCGCCAGAGGGGAUGGCCGGUUCUGUGCUCCUCCUGUGUCUGUGAGCACUCAGGCUGCCAUGCUCCCACCAACGCCCCCUCAUCAUCCCUCCACCGCUCUGCCUGCUGCCCGCGCAACCGCUGCGUCUGACUAUGAGGCGUGGGUGAGUGAGAGCGCCGCAUGGGCGUCCGCCGGUGGGGAUGGCCGGCCGUUUGCUUCUGUGGCGGGAGCCACACAGGCUGGGCCAGCAGGUUGGCGGGGGGGAGGCGGUGGCAUUGGUGGGGUGGCAGUGGCAGCAGGGGCAGUGGGAGCAGGAGUGGCAGCAGGAGGAGUGGCAAUGCCAUUUGCACCGGCGUCACAGCAAGCACUGGCGUACAUUGGACCGCAAGGGUAUUAUGAGGAUGAGGGGGAGGUCGAUGGGUAUGGGGUAGCGAUGGAUGGUCGUGGUAACAGGGUAAUGGGUAACCCGACCCCUCUGCUGCCGCUUUCCGCUCCUGUCUACUCGCCCUACCCCCCCUCUUUCCUGUCCUCAACUCCCAUGGGCAAUGCGCACUACAGUAACGCUGCUUAUAACGGACAUGGCUACAGUGAUGCUGGUUACAGUAACGCCGGCUACAGUGACGCGCAGGCGAGCGGGCAAGAGGGGUACAGGAAGGGGAACGAUGGCCAAUGCAAGCCCAAGAGCAUGCAUGUCCGACACGUGUCGAUGGACGAUCAGGGGGACCUAGAUGUCUCAGACGCUGCAUGUGGGGGGAGGGGGGGGGCUGGCGGAAUGGGAGCAGGAGGGUCCUCCUCUACUGGUGGUAACCGGGUUACCAGGACACGAGCGAGGGUGCAUGUGCGCUGGUCGACAAGGGGGGGUAGGGGGGAAGUGGGGAGGGUGAGGGGGACCAGCCCGAUGUCUCCUAUGCUGAGGAGUGCGUGGAGGAUGAUCCGGAGCAGCUCGCUGAGUGAGAGGCAGGGCGAAGGGGACGAGGCGAGCGCUGCUGCAGCCGCUGCAGCCUCUGGUUCCGCUGGUGCGGGUGUUGAUGCUGCCGAUGCUGCGGGCGCUGGUGCUGCUGAUGUUGCUGCUGGGAGUGCUGGUAGUGCUUGUGGCGGGAGGUGGGGGGAGGGGGGAGUGCGCAUGGGGGAAGGGUGUUGGAUGUUACCCCACCAGUGACACCACCUGGGGUGACGACUACACCCGGAGCACAAUGAUCUAGGGCGUGUUAAUUAUAAUUUGGGUGUGUUCGGUUCGGCUUGGCCGUGUGUCAAACAAUUGCAAACAUUUUUCUAGAAGAUAAUAUACUACAGGCCGGAGGAAGAGGUAAAGGUAAAGUUGGUAUGCCUUCAUGCCAAUGCCAUGCCAUGCCGUGCUUUGCAUAUGGUGUAACAAAGUGCUUGAUAGCACAGUGGAAGUCUUGAUGAACCCUUGUGUUGGUACAGUAUGUGAGAACAAGUGAUUGAUUAUAGCAAAGGGA